UUUGUUGAAAUUGUCAUUUGUCUGACGAUUCUCUAACGUUAACCAACCAACACGCUCGUAAGAGCAUUUUCAGUUGUGGUUUUCCUAAGCAAACAUAAGACGCGCAAAUAACAGUUCCAUUUAUUUAAUGAAAAAAAAAACACAACAACAACAAAAAACGUAAAGACAAACAAACGCGAUUCCUUAGAGAAAAUUUGUGCAUUCCAAAAAAUUUAAUUUUUUUUCAAUAAAUUAAUAAAAAAAAAAAAAUAAAAUAAAAAACAAACCACAAAAAUGCCUUUCCCACGCGAACAAUUAGAAUCUGCCUGCGGUGAAAAGCUGUGCAAAUCGGAAACCAUUAAACUUAGAAAUAAACAUAUUGGACAAGCAUGCCAAUUAUUCUAUCGCUCGGAUCCCCUAAAGAUUGUCCGAGGUCAGGGUCAAUAUAUGUUUGAUGAGCAGGGUACUUGUUAUCUGGAUUGUAUAAAUAAUGUGGCCCAUGUGGGACAUUGUCAUCCGAAGGUGGUGAGAGCCGGCUGCCUGCAAAUGGCCACCAUUUCGACCAAUAAUCGUUUUCUACACGACGAAUUGGUACAGUGUGCCAAGACAUUGACGGGUAAAAUGCCGGGCCCUUUGUCGGUUUGCUUCUUUGUCAAUUCCGGUUCGGAGGCCAAUGAUUUGGCACUGCGCUUGGCACGAAACUAUACCAAACGCCAGGAUAUGAUUACAUUGGACCAUGCUUAUCAUGGCCAUUUGACAUCGGUAAUGGAAAUUUCUCCAUAUAAAUUCAAUCAACCUGGUGGCGACCCAAAACCAGAUUAUGUCCAUGUUGCUCCCUGUCCCGAUGUUUACGGUGGCACAUAUAGGGAUAUUGAUUAUCCCAAUGCAGAUAUGGCUGAAAUUUAUACCAAGCCAAUUCGUGAUAUCUGCGAUCAAUUGAAAGCCCAGGGCAAGGGGUUGGCUGGUUUCAUUGCCGAGUCGUUGCAGAGUUGUGGUGGUCAAAUUAUUCCACCUGAGGGCUAUUUUAAGGCUGCCUAUGAUAUUGUACGUAAUGCUGGCGGUGUGUGUAUUGCCGACGAAGUCCAGGUUGGCUUUGGCCGUGUUGGCACCCAUUAUUGGGCCUUUGAGACUCAGGGCGUCGUACCGGAUAUUGUAUGUGUUGCCAAGCCCAUGGGUAAUGGUCAUCCUGUGGGGGCGGUCGUUACAACUCCUGAGAUUGCCGAGGCUUUUUACAAUACCGGUGUGGCCUAUUUUAACACAUAUGGGGGCAAUCCGGUGUCAUGUGCCAUUGCCAAUGCUGUGAUGCGUGUCAUCGAUGAGGAGGGCCUACAGGAAAAUGCCCGAGUUGUUGGCGAUUAUUUGCUGCAACAAUGUCGCGAAUUUAAAUAUGAAUUUGACAUUAUUGGCGACGUUCGUGGCCUUGGACUCUUUGUCGGUUUGGAGUUGGUGAAAAAUCGCGAAACCCGUGAACCCGACACAACAGCCGCCCUUUGGAUUGUUAAUCGCAUGAAACAGGUUCAUCAGAUUUUGGUCUCUUCGGAUGGACCCAAUGCCAAUGUCAUCAAGCUAAAGCCACCCAUGUGCUUCAGCCAGAAGAAUGCCGAUGAAUUCCUGUUGGCAUUCCGUGAAUGCCUGACGUUUUUGGAAAAGCAAAGAGAUGGCGAUCAUUUGCCAGCCAGCAAUGCUGUAAAUUCGAAUUCCACCACUGCCAAUGGUGAGAGUAUGGCAAGUAAGGCCCAAAUAUUUGAACGCCAGGAACGUUUAAUUAAAUCAGUUUAGAAAAUAAGAACCAAAAUGUUGUUAGUUUUGUAAGAGUUACUUUAUAGAAUUUUAAUUAUAGUUUUUUACAAAAUUUAUUUUUUUUUAUUCCAAAAUUGUUACCGCAAAAUCUGAAAUGCGAAACCAAGCAUAUAUAAGCUUUACCCAUUGUAUGUAUAUUUAGUUCUAGUAUCUAGAAUAUUAUUUUUGUUAAUAACAUUUUUUAUGUUUUUUUGAAAUGUUUUGAGAGAUUUUUUUGUUUUGUUAUGCAACAUUAGGUUAAGAAAACUAAAAAUAAUUAUAACAACAACAAAUGUUUUGCAAUCAACAAAUACACAAUAUGAGAAGCAAUAAAAACGCUAUAAAUGUUAUUUAAAUAUGCUAAACUA